GCCAACGCCCAGAGCUCACAUCCAGGGAUGUAGCCUGAGCUUUGAACCUUUGGGGUCCCUUGAUGCCACGACAUCCUCCCACUUCUAGGCUGCGACUUUUCCAAACAAUCUGCAAAUAUUAAAAGCGACACCCUCGAUACCCCCAAACCACAGUCCCUUUUUCUCGGCUCUCCAGCUCUUUUGCGUGUGCGUCAUGGAUUUGCGCAGCAACCUCUUCGGCAAAGGCCCCAAGGCAGGAGGAGCCGGCAACCUGCCUUCCCGCCCAGCACAGAGACCACAGCCCGGAAACGAUGCGGGGGGCUACUCCCCGGCUCCUGCGAACUACGAUGCUUACGGCGGCCGCUCACCAGGCCGGCCAACAGGCGCACCUGGCGUCGGAGGGGGUGGUGGUGGUGGUGGUGGUUAUGGCGACGGUGCUGGCUACAACGCCGGUUAUGCCUCUCCGAACGCCCCUCCGCCUCCCUCUUAUAACAACAAGACGCGUGGUGGUGUGCCUCUGAGACUAGCUAAGGUAGAUGACAAAACCCUUCAGGCGCGUUACAUAUUCGGGAACAUCUGUGCGGUGUCGCCCAACGACUUCCCCCCGAACCGAGAUGGCUCGGAUAUCUAUAUACGCUUGAGCGGGCCUCAGCUACGAGGCGAUUUCGUCCUGACGGCGCGUCCCACCCCCAGCUUCCCCAACAACUCCAUCAGCCUCUCAGACCCCCAAAGGACAUGGUGCGGAGUGGGCAUGAUGGACGAGCUGGUGGGAGAACUAUAUGACCCUUUCAGUCAGGGCGCUGCCGCCUACCUCGGCGCCAUGGACCUCGAGGUCGGGUUUGCUUCGACCAAGAAGUUUGUCGACACGCUCUACGACCCCGACCAACUCGCCGAUGAGUUCACAAAAAACUUCGCGAACCAGGUCUUCUCCCCAGGGCAAAGACUGAUAAUGGAUAUCAACAAUGUGCCGCUGUCCAUAUUGGUCAGGACGGUGACCUUGAUUGACCUCUCGAUGAAUAAACCCGGGGGCGAUGCCCCAACGCGUAGCGAUCCGGCCGCUCGCGGAAUUCUCACCAAAAACCCCCAGCCCAACAUAGGCUUCUUCAAGGACGCCAGGUCACCUAUUAAGCUUAAGCCGUCGAACAAACGACCUGCGGCCAACGCCAUCAUAAGCCCGGAUUUCAAGUUUGAGGACAUGGGUAUUGGCGGUUUGGACGCCGAGUUCUCCACCAUUUUCCGCCGUGCUUUCGCCUCUCGUAUCUUCCCCCCUGGCCUCAUUGAGAAGCUCGGCAUCAUGCACGUGAAGGGCAUGCUGCUCUAUGGGCCUCCCGGAACCGGAAAGACUCUAAUUGCUAGGCAGAUUGGCAAAAUGUUGAAUGCCAGAGAACCCAAGAUCAUCAACGGGCCAGAGGUCUUGAACAAGUACGUGGGUCAGAGUGAAGAGAACAUCCGGAAGCUCUUUGCAGACGCAGAGAAGGAGUACAAGGAGAAAGGAGACGAGUCUGGGCUCCACAUCAUCAUCUUCGACGAAUUAGAUGCCGUGUGCAAGCAGAGAGGCUCUGGUGCCGGUGGCGGCACGGGAGUGGGCGACAGCGUGGUCAACCAGCUGCUUUCUAAGCUCGACGGUGUAGACCAGCUCAAUAACAUCCUCCUCAUCGGAAUGACCAACCGGAAAGACAUGAUCGACGAUGCUCUGCUGCGUCCCGGUCGAUUGGAGGUUCAGAUUGAGAUCUCGCUUCCAGACCAAGAGGGUCGAGGGCAGAUCCUCAAAAUUCACACAGCCAAGAUGAAGCAAAACAAGGUCAUCGAGGCUGACGUCGACCUUCUCGAGCUGGCUGCUCUGACCAAGAACUUUUCGGGCGCUGAGUUGAGCGGCCUCGUCAAGUCGGCAACUUCGUUUGCGUUCGCGAGGAAUAUCAAGGUUGGCACUAUGGCUGGCGUGAGCGACGAGGUAGCGAACAUGAAAGUUGGCCGUACGGACUUUAUGAAUGCCCUUGCAGAAGUGAAGCCGGCCUUUGGUGUUGACGAUGAGGAGCUUCAAGAUCUCUUUCCUUUCGGAAUUAUCCACUUCUCGGAGAGCAUCAAGGGCAUUCUCAACGACGGCAUGCUGUACGUCGAGAGCGUCAGGCGACAGGAAAAGCUCAGGCGCACGUCGGUUCUUCUCCACGGCCCGGCGGGCAGUGGAAAGACGGCUCUGGCCGCUUAUAUUGCCAUGAAAUCCGAGUUCCCAUUUAUCAAGCUAAUCACGCCCGCGACUAUUAUCGGCUUCCGUGAUGAGAUAGCCAAGAAGGACCACCUGCAUAAGAUAUUCACGGAUGCUUACAAGAGUCCACUGAGUUUGAUCGUUCUGGACAAUCUCGAGCGCAUGAUCGAGUGGAACCCUGUUGGACUCCGCUUCUCCAACACUAUAGUGCAGACGCUGGUCACUCUGCUCCAGACGCCGCCUCCAAAGGGCCACCGCCUGCUGGUUCUGGCUACGACAUCGCAACGCACCAUUGUGGAGCAGCUCGACAUGACAAACGCAUUUGACGGUCAAAUACCCGUCCCUGCCGUCGAAGACCUCCGCCAGCUCGGCCGCGUUCUCGGCGAGUCGGGCGCCUUCGCGUCCUCGGCUGACGUGAACGAGGCCCUCAACAACGUCCGCUCCUAUACCAACUCGGACACAUUGCGCAUUGGCAUCAAGGCCAUCCUCACCACGGCCGUGAGGGCGAAAGACAGCGACGAUGCGACUGGGUGGUUUGCGGAGCAGCUGUCUGGGCAGGUCGCCAUGUAUAGGUAGAGCAUAGUAUAGCUUGAAGGCUUUGUGGGUUUGGGGGUUGGACAGUUGGGAACAUAUACGUUCGGAAAGAGGCGACGGAUAAACAUGGGAGGGAAGAUGGAAUUAUAAGCGAAAUUGGCUUUAUUCGUAGCCACUAAACCUUGAUUUCUUGCUAAAUUCAGGCUCACUUGCUUGCCCCUGAAUAUUGACUUUCCUUGGCCGCGCGCCAUUAGAACUAGUCUCCGGUUUCAAGCCAAAGUCAGCCCUUGACCUGGUCUACCGCGACAAUGACACGCACGAUGCAAAGGCGAUGCAAAUGCUGUACCAGCGUGAGGCAG